AUGCUCUUUCCAAUUUGGCUAGUGGAAUACCAUAGAAAUUGUACUAUUGCUAUACUUUGUUCUAAUAUACUUAAAGAUUAUAGAUAUGUAUUUUUAUUUACAAAAAAAAAGGUUAAAUAUAUUCUUAAUAAUAAAAUAAAUGGAAAAAUAUCAGGUUGUGCAAUUGGUUCUGAUAUUAAUGAAAUCAGUUUUGUUGAGGUUGAUGUUGUCAAGGUUGAUACUGUUGAGGUUGAUAUUGUGGAUGUUGGUUUUGUGGAUGCUGAUAGUUGA